CUUCGCCCCGCCCACGUCUUUGAAACGUCAACAGCGCCAAACUUCAGGCUCCCAUAACGGGAAAAUGAGCACAGGUAACAUUGAGCCGCAAUGGAGAAAAGUCCAGUCUAUGACAGGAGUGACACCGCGGUCCAGACACGGACACAGAGCAGCUGUAAUACGUGAGCUGAUUAUUGUGUUCGGUGGUGGAAACGAAGGCAUAGCGGAGAAUCUCCAUGUUUACAACACUGUCUCAAAGCAGUGGUUUUUGCCUGCGGUGAGGGGCGACAUCCCUCCCGGCUGUGCUGCGCAUGGCUUUGUCUGUGAAGGCACAAGAGUACUGGUCUUUGGCGGCAUGGUCGAAUUUGGGAAAUACAGCAACAGCCUCUAUGAACUUCAGGCCAGUCGCUGGCUGUGGAAGAAGCUGAAGCCCAGAGCACCCAGGAACGGCUCGCCUCCUUGCCCUCGGAUUGGACACAGCUUCACACUUGUGGGUAACAGGUGUUACCUGUUUGGAGGGCUGGCCAAUGAUAGUGAAGACCCCAACGGCAACAUACCAAGAUACAUGGGUGACUUCUAUGAGCUGGAACUGCAGUCGGUAUCAGGAGCAAGAGGCUGGAGUAUCCCAGAGACAAAGGGUGGUGGUCCCUCAGCACGGGAGUCCCACACCUCGGUUGCCUAUGCUGGCCUCGGUUCCCCGAAGCUCUACAUCUUUGGAGGGAUGCAGGGAUGCCGAUUAGACGACCUUUGGCAGCUUGACCUUGACACAAUGUUUUGGUCGACUCCUCAAACCAGGGGUUUCACACCACUUCCGCGAAGCCUUCACUCUGCCAGUGUCAUUGGAAACAAGAUGUAUGUUUUUGGUGGAUGGAUUCCUGUUCCAGAGUCAGACAAACACAAUGCUUUAGGAACUGAAUGGAUCUGCACCAACACUUUAAGUGUGCUCAACUUAGACACUAUGAGUUGGCAGAACCUGGGCCCAGAGCAGCAUGAAGAUAUCGAGUCCCAGCUGCAGAGCCAGGGUCCCCAGAGCGAGGACCCGUAUGCUUGUAGACCCAGAGCCAGGGCUGGCCACUGUGCCGCUGUUGUCGGCUCCAGGCUUUACAUUUGGAGUGGCCGUGACGGAUACCGCAAGAGCUGGAACUACCAGGUGUGCUGCAAGGACCUCUGGUACCUGGAGACAGAUCGGCCAGCCACCCCAGAGGCAGUGUUACUCAUCAAAUCCACAGUCAGCAUGCUCCAUGUGGCUUGGCGCCCCCUGGCGGCAGCAGACUGCUACAUCCUUCAGAUCCAGCCUGUGUGUCCUCGCAGCACUGCAGCCAAUGAUCCACCAGCCAAAACAGUCUGUCCAAGUGGAACAGAUGGACUGCAGGGGAAGGAUGAAGACUCCACAGGGGUUCAGUCCCAUCAACCUCAAACUGAAGGAACCACUAAUAAAGAAGCUAAAGCAUCAGCUCAGGAUACUUCAGCACAGCAAGAAAACACAGUAAAAUCAUCCAAUAGCUCAUCAGAAAACCGAGCACAAGGAGCGAGGAGUGCUGGGAGAGGCACAAUGGAGCCCUUUGAUGCAGAGCACUGCAGUGCUGGACAGCAGACAGCAGCGACAGAGCUCGGCAACACAGCACAGCAGCUGCAGCGGCAAGGAGAACAAGCUGUUUCAGCUAACAAGACGACAGAUCUCCUCUGCCACACGGAUCAGAAUCCAGAUGAGGCAGUGUGGUUUGAUGUCGGUGUGUUCAAAACACUCUUCUCUGAGGUCAGCCACUACUUUCUGCCUGCCGACAGUGACCAGGCUUCUGCAGCCAUCAGCAGUCGGCCACCAAACACUAAAGAGAGGAAGCUGCCCGGGCCUCAGGACUACCAGGGCAGAGAGAAGCGGGAGCUGGUUCCAGGUCAGACAUACAGGUUCAGAGUUGCAGGCAUCAACUGCUUUGGCAAGGGAGACUUCAGCCCUGUCAGCGAGUUCAAGACCUGCCAGCCUGGUUUCCCUGGAGCGCCCUCUGCUGUCAAAAUUACCAAGGCCAACGAUUCAGUCCACAUCACAUGGGAGGCACCGUCCUCUCCAUCGGGCCGCAUCCUGGAAUAUUCCAUGUACAUGGCAGUGAGGAAGAGUCGCUCCACCAGCUCAGAGGGUCCGGGUCAGUUGGCCUUCAUCAGGAUCUACCGCGGCACCAAGACGUCCUGCUCCGUCAGCUCCACCCACCUUGACAACGCCCACAUCGACUGCUCCGCCUCCAACCGGCCAGCUGUUGUCUUCCGCAUAGCUGCUAAGAACGAGCAAGGCUACGGGCCAGCGACGCAGAUCCGCUGGAUUCAGGAUCCCGUUAAAGUGCGAGCGACUGCAUCCAAGGCAGACAUCAGUGCUGAUGCUGACCAGGAUGCUGCUGACAGCUCCAGCUGAAAAUGUUUGGACCAAUGACAUCUUGUUUUGGAAAAGACAAUAUGUGCACUCAGGAAGCUGGCAAUGUUCGCUGCUCAGAUGUUGUAUAUGUCUUAGAUAGUUUUGUUAAUUUAUUUUUUUAUAUAUUUAAGUAUUCCCUUGUAAAUACACACACAUUUUCAUAGGAAUCUGAACCACUUUUUUUAGUUAAACAACUGUACGUUGGUGUAGACAUGAAACUACAUGUAUGAUUUCAGAGUUGAAAGUCAAAGUUUAGAGCUUAUCAUCAGCCAUUGAUUGUUCAUACAGUAUGUCAUGCUGUGGAAUGAAACACUGCUGGUAAAAUCUUUUUAGUGUUGACUACUUUAACAAUCCUGUUGACGCAGUGACGUUAUGAAACACCAAUUUAUGUGUUGUGUUACUUUAAACAUUCAUGCUACUAGAAAUGUUUUCUCUGUCUGUUUUCAACAUCACGUUUGUUUCUUUAUGAUUUUGCUGUACUUUAUUAUGGUCAGAUUGUUGCAUUGUUGGCAUGUUUCAAGUUUAAGGAAAAAAAUAUUUCACUACUAAA